AGAAGCAGAAGAAGAAGAAUAUCUGAACAUGGAUGUUCGUUUUAGAAGAUCCACCAGAGAGACCAGCCCAGACAGAGCCAAAGCUUGCAGCAUGCCGAUGCAGAUGCAGCCAAGACUCAACAACAAACCCAUCAAAAAACACCAAGUCGUCUACUAUCUUUCAAGAAACGGCCAUCUUGAGCAUCCCCAUUACAUGGAAAUCACCCAUUUGGCCAACCGGCCACUUCGUUUGAGAGAUGUAAUGGAUCGGCUCACGGCUCUUAGAGGCAAAGGCAUGCCCUCGCUAUAUUCUUGGUCUUGCAAAAGGAGCUACAAGAAUGGUUACGUGUGGAACGAUUUAGCUGAAAACGAUACAAUCUAUCCAGCAGAAGGAGCUGAAUAUGUACUCAAAGGAUCAGAACUAUUUGAAGGCUGCUCUGCAGAAAGAUUAGAUCAGCUUCAGUUAAGCAGCAGCCAACAGAUACAAGACACAAAUUUUGAGUCCAAGAGAAGAUCACCACUUGCUCCAACCCGAAACAGAAGAGAACACGAUCAUCAACAAGCAGAGAAUAAGUACCUCAUCACCAAGUAUCCUCAUCAAGAUCAUGAUCCAGACCAAGACUACGAUGAACAAGAAGAAGAAGAAGACUACGAGGAUGAGAAGACAAGCUACACCAGCUCCACCACACCCCACUCUCGCUGCUCCAGAGGGGUUUCCACCACAGACGAACUCGAAGAGCCUCCACAAACCCGCAAAACCCCAACUGAGUCAACUCACCCCGAGCCAUCUCCUCCUCCAAACCCAUCAAUUAUAUUAUCAAAUCAACCCAACCAAACCACCAGUCUCUCGGCAAGGUUCGAGGACGGCGACCCAGUUGCUGUUUCCACCUCCAAGUCUUCAGCACAGAGCAGGAACUCUGUUCUGCUUCAGCUCAUAGCAUGUGGAAGCUCUGCUGUGGCCAAAGCGAAGAACGCGCCUUGUGUGAAGCAGCACACAGUUUAUAAUACACCAUUUGAGAAGAAGAGCAGCGAGAGCUUUCGAAAAGAGGUUGUGUACAAGGCUGCUGUGAAGGUGGCGGCUGAAGAGGACAUGAUCAAUUACAUGUCUGAGAAUCCAAGGUUUGGGAAUUUGCAGGCGGAGGAGAAAGAGUAUUUUAGUGGGAGUAUUGUUGAGAGUAUCAAGGAAGAUCGAAUUUCAGCGGAGCGUGCACUCAAAAGAUCGAAUUCUUACAAUGAAGAAAGGAUCACUAAGGCUGGGUUAGGGACCGAAACAGUAGAGGAAGAGAAGAGAGAGAAGGCAGGUGUGAAAGGAAAAUGCAUUCCUCGUAAACUAUCUUCUGCUGUAUCAAAACAAACCAGGAAAUGAUUGUUAGCUUGGGUUCCCAUAAUUAUGAAGAAUUGUGGUCACUAAAAGCUAUGGGGAAAGGUAAAAGCUGUGGGGAAAGGUUUUCUUUUGGAUCCUUGAAUUAAUCUGAAAGCAGUGGCUAGUGUGACUGUGAUUCCUUGACACUCCGCAUGUUGCAGCAAUCAUAAUUCCCUUCCUACUAUGGAUUGUACUGUAUAAUGCUUUCAUGAGGUGUUGAUUUGGUACCUUCAUAGAAUCAUAAGCAAGGCAAACGUUGACAUCAU